CUAUUGGUGCUAUCUACUGAUUUGAUUUCAUAAAGGGACCAGUAAUGGUAUCAUUGCAAACGAAUAUCGAGAUCUAAAUUUCCAUGAGAAAAAGUAUCCCUCAUGGCCCUUUUAUCAUCAUGAAGUAUAGAUUCCAGCUACAAAGCAAGGAGUUUCCAUUUACUUUUAAUCUCUUGUUGCUGCUCUCUGUUUAUUCAUCUCUUCUCAAACCCUCUAAACAAAAUCUCUUAGUGCCAAAUAGCUAUGGAUGGUUUAGAGAGACAAAUGGAAGUACUCAGUAUAAAAAAUAAAGAGAAAUGGAUAAAGCAUUACAGCAGUUCUCAGAAAAUACUACUGGUAGGAGAAGGUGAUUUUUCUUUUGCUGCUUGCAUGGGAAAAGCCUUUGGUUCUGCUGUAAACAUGGUAGCCACUUCUCUCUACUCCAAAGAGACCAUGAUGCUGAAGUAUUCAAAAGCUGCAACAAACUUAAGAGAGCUGGAGGAUCUUGGAUGUCUCGUAAUGCAUGAAGUAGAUGCACAUACUAUGAGCAAGCAUCCUCUACUGAAUCAGAAAUUGUUUGACAGGAUAGUCUUUAAUUUUCCUGCUACAGCUCUCAAAAGGAGUGAAUCAAAUAUUCGCCAAAUCGAAAAACAUCAAAGGUUGGUGAAGGGCUUCCUGGGGAGUGCUCAUGACAUGUUGGAAGUGAAUGGAGAAAUUCAUGUGACCCAUAAAACCACAGAGCCGUACAGUAAGUGGGAGAUAGAGAGAUUAGCAGAGGAUGCUGGUCUGCGCUUGGUUGAGAAAGUUAGGUUCAAGAAAGCUGAUUAUCCAGGAUUCAGUAAUAAAAGAGGAUCCGGGCCUAGAGCUGAUCAGACCUUUUCAGCUGGAAACAGCUGUACCUUCAAAUUUUCCAGGAAUAUUACUUGAGAUAGGACCAAAACAGGCACUGAAACCCAAAUUCAUGCCCUGUCCCCUGCCUGCAUGGCAGAGAAGCUACCGACAUUCCUGGUGUUAAUGACCAAACUGCAUGAUAUUCUCCUAUACAUGUAAUGAUAUGGCAUCAAUGAAAUAUUUUGUUUCUAUCUA